AUGUAUCUAGUCAUUUUCUUCUUACGCUUAUUUGUAUUUUCUUUAUUUCUUCCUUCUUUUCUUUCUUUCUUUCUUUCUUUCGUUCUUUCUUUCUUCCUUCCUUUCUUACUUUCGUUCUUUCGUUCUUUCUUUCUUUCUUCCUUUCUUUCGUUCUUUCUUUCUAUCUUUCACUUCUUUCUUUCUUUCUUUCUUUGUACUUGUGUUAAUAGCUGCAUCAUUGCAAACAAGUAUUACUUAAAUUCUUUUACUUUAGAGAAUGUUUUCCCUGCUUUCUUUCACUCCCUUUCUCAUUCAUGCAUUCCUUUAUCGUUCUUCCUCACGUCCUCUCACUCAUCCACCACCUACCUCGGUUUCUGUCGCCUCACCAGCAUCUCCCUCCGAGAGCACUCCCUCCCCACUCACCCCGCCCAUCAAUCCCCCCUACCCUCUUUUUUCCCCUACAAACGUUCGAACCCCCCAUGCUUUACCAUCUACCUCUCCACUACGCCUCACUCCCGCCUCCUUCUCAUCCACUACCCAUGUGGAUUGCGAUUUGGAAUUGCCGCUGUGAACGGCGACCCCACCCAGUUCACCUCACCCACUCACUUCUGCUUGCCACACUUUCUCAAGAGACUUUAA